UCCGGUUGCAGCGCUCCUCAUUUGAAAAGGCUUCGGUUAGAUGCUUUGGGGUACCGAUCGCCAUUGUUAAAAGACAGCUUUCGCAAUGUUACUAAAAGUGAAAAGUGGAGAAUAACAAACGUUUCGAACAAGGAUUCCACAAAUAAUAUCGGCCUUUUUUGUUUUUGAGGAGUUGAAACAUGGCUCAGCGUGUGGCGGUAUCAGAUGGAGCAAACAAGAAGACGUCCAGGGUUCGGGUAGUGGUUCGUCUCCGACCUUACAUGGGCAAACAAGAUGAGAAAGACGAGGGACCGUGUGUAAGAGGCCUGGAUUCACAGAACCUGGAAAUAAUCAACUGGAGAAAUGCUACAGAAACAGUCAAAUACCAUUUUGACGUUAUUCAUGGUGAGCAAACGACACAGCAAGAAGUGUUCCGCUCGGUGAAGCCCAUCCUGCCACACUUACUGAGUGGCCAGAAUGCCAGUGUGUUUGCCUAUGGACCCACAGGAGCUGGUAAGACUCACACCAUGAUGGGCAGUUCGGAUCAGCCAGGAGUGAUCCCCAGAGCCGUUCGCGAAGUCUUCAAGCUGGUCAAAGCUAAGAACGAGGAUGACCGCUGGGACUACAGCAUUGGCAUGUCUUAUUUGGAAAUUUACAAUGAGAAGGUGCUAGAUCUUCUAUCGCCGAGCUCCCUGGAUUUACCAAUUAGAGAGGACAAGGACAAGAACAUCCUCAUCCCUGGCCUCACUCACACAACCAUCUCCUCCUUCUCAGACUUUGACAAACACUUUGUCCCUGCCAGCCUCAAUCGUACAACAGCUUCUACCAAACUGAACCAGCGCUCCAGCCGCAGCCACGCUGUCCUCCUCCUCAAGGUUGUGCGGACUCAGCGCACACUGCCCCACAGACAGCAGACGGGAAAGCUGUACUUGAUAGACCUCGCUGGGUCUGAGGACAACCGACUCACCGGCAACCAGGGCAUCCGCCUGAAGGAGAGCGGCGCCAUCAACUUGUCCCUCUUCACUCUCAGCAAAGUUGUGGACUCUCUUAACUCUGGCACUGCCGUCCGCGUGCCCUACAGAGACAGUAAACUGACGCGGCUGCUGCAGGACUCGCUGGGCGGCUCGGCGCACUCUGUCAUGAUCACCAACAUUGCACCGGAGUACAAAUACUAUUUCCACACGUUUGGUGCACUCAACUUUGCCUCCAAAUCCAAGCUCAUUGUGAACAAGCCCUUCACCUGUGAAACUGUGGCUGUUCUGCCAGUGAAGCGGGGCAGAGAAGGCCACGAGGCAGGGGGGUCUGGCACUGAGCCGCAGAAGAAGAGGCAGAAGGAAGAGAGGAAAACUGAACAGGAUGGUUUCCCAUCCUCUGCACAGUUUCACAGUCCGUCAGAACCGUCAGUGAUGGACAGACUAAUAGCUCUGGAGAAGCUGAUGAUGAACUGCGGGGACAAAGAUAAGCUGAGCAUGCUGAAAGAUGUGGCUCAGUCUCGCAAGGAGAUCCAGGAGCUCAAAGAGAAGCAGAGGGAGUUUGAGAGCAAGGCCAUGCUAUUCAACCGGGAGGUCGGAGAAAGGUCCGGUGUCAAACAGGAUCCUGCCUUCAAGAACAGCAUGGCUCCUCUGCAAAGGAAACAGUCAACUGCGACAAAGGCCAAGCAGCAGGCCGUGGUGCAGCCCCUACAAGUGGCCCAGCUCCAGCCUCUUCAGCAGCUUGCCGUCGUCAGAAAACAGUCCGUCUGCGUCAAGAAGAAGAAGCUUUCCGACCAGGUUGAGCCUCCAGAGGGUAAAGAGAACAUGUUGGAGAGCUGCUGGGAGUCCCAACUCGACACGUCUGUGCUGGAGCACUCGAGACAGAAAAUCCUACACAUCCUCAACAGCGGCUCGCUCAAAGAGCUGAAGGGUCUGCAGCAGAUCGGCGACAAGAAGGCGAAGCUCAUCCUGGGCUGGAGGGAGAUCCAUGGUCACUUCAGAAAGUUGGAUGAUGUGGUAAAAGUGGAGGGUAUGAUGGGAAAGAGAUUUUCCUCCUUCAUAAAGGCGAACAUCCUGAGUGUCAUGGGGAAAUGAUUUUUAUUUUUAAACAGUAUUUUAUUUUACCCUUGUCUAAUGUAUAUAAUCUCCAUCUCCGGAUCUUUUUGUGUGUAUUUUAUGCAUUGUUUUUAUCAUGUUUUUGUAGUUGCUACUGUGUUCCAGCUGAUGGCGCACUCCUGCUUUUUAAUAAACGUCUCACGUGUCAUUGAA